GUCGACCUCCCGGAAGUAGGGCAAGAAAGAAGGCAGUGUUCGCGGCUGCGGCUUGCGGGGCAGUGGCACAGCUUCAGCAGGAGAAGUGGAGAGUGUUUACACCUUGCCAAGCCUGGCUGUUGCAUGAAAGCAUGUCAUUGUCUGCUUAUUGUGUAUUGUGCUGUAGAAGAAUAGGAACCUCUGGUCCAACCACCAAAAAUGACCUUCCGUGGAAAGAUCUCAGAAAAAUUGCAAAGUUAACUGGAUCACUUACUCUAGGAGGUUUUGUAUUCAUUACAUAUGAAGUCCUGGCUCUAAAGAAGUUACUGAAAAUUGAUACCCAAGUAGUACAGCAAGAGAAACUGAAAUCCUACAUUUAUGUUCAUAGAGCUUCUCUAGAUCCGAGUGAAUGUCAAGGAAUCACAUACCAGGCAAGAAAAGAACUUCAUAAAGCAGUGAGGAAAGUAUUAGAAGCUGAAGCUAAAAUUCUCCGGAGACCUUUUAAUGAACACUUUAGUACAUUUGAUGCAGAAGAGCAUGAAUGUGCCUUAUGGCUGCUCCUGAAGAGAAGUCAAUCAGAGGACAAAAUGGUUAGACUGCAAGCUGUACAAGACUUGGCAAGGAACAGUCACUGGCAUGAUUAUCAGUAUAGAACAGCUGCCCAAGCCUGUGAUCAGAGGACUGCUAUUGGUUUGGCUCGGUCCAAGGAUAUUGAUCUUCGUUUUUUCUUACCUCCACCUCCCUUACCAAAAGUAAAGGAUGAUUAUGCUAUAGAAGAUGAGCUCCGAUUGUUGCUGGUAUCUUUACCUCAGACUGAUCUUGACCAGUGUGUCCAGUACUUCACAUCUCUGGCUUUACGAGAAAGCAGUCAGACUCUUGCUGCCCAAAGGGGGGGGUUGUGGUGUUUUGGAGGAAAUGGACUUCCUUACUGCGAGACUCUGAGUAAAAUCCCUUCAGAGACUGUUGAACUCUUCUGUUUACAAGCAUUAGUUCAACAUUCAAAGGUUUCUACUCACUGUGAUAAAAUUGAAGCAAAAGGAGGCCUGCAGCUACUCCAGAGGAUAUACCAGCUCCGUAAAGAUUCUGCAAAAAUACAAAGGAACAUAAUUCGCAUAAUUGGAAAUAUGGCUUUGGAUGAACGUCUUCAUUCAUCCAUAGUGCGUGCAGGUUGGGUUUCUGUACUCGCUGAAGUAAUGAAGUCACCUCAUGUCAUUCAGUUUUCACAUGCAGCCAGAGCUCUGGCUAAUCUGGACAGGGAUACAGUGCAAGAAAAGUAUUCAGAUGGAGUAUAUGUUUUACAUCCACAGUAUCGUAGCAGCCAGCCCAUUAAAGCAGACAUACUUUUUGUUCAUGGUCUUAUGGGAGCAGCAUUUAAAACCUGGAGACAGCAAGACAUAGACCCAUCUUUGGAUGAAAAGGCUUCUGAAGGGGAAGAGGAUUAUAGUGAAUGCUGGCCAAAGACAUGGCUGGCUUCAGACUGCCCUGCCCUAAGAAUUGUGUCUGUGGAGUAUGACACCCAUGUGAGCGACUGGAAAGCAAAAUGCCCUGUUGAGGCACACAGGAAAUCUAUUGCUUAUAGAAGCAAUGAGCUUAUCAAAAAGCUUAGAGCUGCUGGUAUUGGAGAAAGACCUUUGGUAUGGGUGUCCCAUAGCAUGGGAGGUCUUCUAGUCAAAAAGAUGCUGGUAGAUGCUUCCAAGAACCCAGAAAUGGAUAAAAUUGUAAACAAUACCCGAGGCAUUAUAUUUUAUAGUGUACCUCAUCAUGGGUCUCGACUGGCUGAAUACUCAAUAAAUGCUAGAUACCUUCUCUUUCCUUCUGCAGAGGUUAAGGAACUCAGUAAAGACUCUCCUGCCCUUAAAGAACUGAAUGAUGACUUUCUCUCAUUUGCCAAGGAUAAAAAGUUUCCAGUGUUGAGUUUUGCAGAAACUUUACCUACACACAUAGGGAGCAUGAUAAAACUACACGUGGUACCAGUGGAAUCAGCAAAUUUAGGUAUAGGAGAUCUAAUUCCAGUGGCUGUCAAUCAUCUAAACAUUUGUAAGCCAAAGAAGAAGGAUGCUUUCCUGUACCAGCGGACUUUAAAGUUCAUUCAGGAUGCACUUGCAAGAGAACUUGGAAGCUAAUUCUUUGCCAUGUGUGCACACAUAGCAAAAUCUUUUCUCUGAAACUUCUGAGAAGCUGAGAAUUGCAAAGACAUUAUAUUAUUAAUAAAAUAUGAUCUCAGUGUGGCUUUCAGCAUAUCUGCAUAGGUCUGCACUACUUAUGGCUGAAAUUUGUUCCAAAUAAAUGUGCACCAAUCCACAGUCCUGUAAGUCUGGCAUUAAAAGGUGAGAAUCAGCUUUGAUUCAUUUUGCUUGUCAACAUGCCUCUAUAUAAUUUUAUAUAAUUGUUUGGCCAGCGGAGGAUGGAGAUACAGUGGAAGAGGAAGUUUCAAGUAUUUUGUAGCUAUUUCUGUGGAACAUGAUUUGGUGAGCUGUGAAGGAUGUAUCUUCCCAGCUGGAGAGGUUGUUAUGAGGGUCCUGGCUCUUUUGACUGAAAUAACUAUACUUCCUGGAUAAAAAUCCUGUACAGAGAAUCAAAAACAGUUAACCCAGAAGAUGAUUAUUGGGUUGGCAAACAAGCAGCUAUCUUGAAGUACACAUCUUCUGUUCAUGGUUAGGUAUUAAAACAAAAUGUAGAGGGAAUAUCCCUGAUUGCUUGAUUCAGAAUAUUUUUUAAACUUUCUUUUUUAAUAAAUCCCACUUAUCAAAUAACAGAUUUAACAUUUAUAGCUGCAUCCAAUUGCCUAAAUUAUGUAAAUUAUAUGUAAUUAUAUGUAAAGACAGAUAUUUAUUUUCCCUCAACUGUGUUCCCUUAAGUCAAUGUCCACAGGAGCCUUGUGUUCUUCAAGAUAGUAUUUUGAUUGAUAACCAGUUACAAUAUGGUUGUUCUACUUGCCUUUUUGUUUCAUGGGCUGAGAAGUGUUAGCAAGUCCAGUACUGUUUCCUGCCUGAGGAGGAGAUAUCAUCACCUAAUCUGAUCUUUGGCAUGGUAUCCUGUGGGAAGGAGACAAUGGGAGCUUAAUCUAGUUUUGUUUAAAAAAAAAAAAAAAAAAAAAAGUCUUGCACAGUUCUAUUUUAAUCAUAUCCGCUGUUGAACUUCUAGAUAAUAGAAAAAUUGACCUAAUGUGAGACUGUUUUAUUUCAGCUUAGUUUGUGUUGGCUGGGUCAAGGGGAGGCCUUUUGCUCUUUCAAAUAAAAGAUCUAGGAUAGGAGAUGCACGUGUUAACUUCUGGCUGCCUAAUUUAGGGACGCUGAGAAAGCAGUGUACUUAAUCCCUGGAGGCAUUGGCUCGGAUGUUCAGUAGGGAGCUUUUUAGCUGAUUUAAAGAAUAGUGCUGGAAAAGCUCUAUUGGAGCAAGACAUUUAUGCAGUCCUUGACAAGAUGGUAGCUAUGACAGGAGACUUUGUGGAGGAGGGAGAGCAUAUCAGUAAGGCAGGAAAAAAUACGGACAUUCCCAGAGCUCUAAUCAGAAACACUGAGGACUUCAAAGCAAAAUAUUUUGCACUUGUGGAGGCCUGUGUGAAGUUAUUUACUUCAUGUAGAAAACCAGCAGCAUUGUCUUGUAUAUAUUGUGUGGACUGUUUUUGCCCUGAGUGUUUUGGAUCAAUGUCAUGAUGACACAGUUAAUAUCACUGAUGAGAAAUAAAUGUAAUUAAGAACAAGACUGCCAGUAUUCAGCCACCUAUCUUUAAGCCAUAAAAGAAUCCAAACAAAAUUAAGAGCAGCCUGGCUAUGGCCUUGAUUUAACAAAGCUGUGUUGAAGUUUGCAGCCACAGAUCUUCCACUAACCCUUCUGAUCUUCAGCCUCUCCCAAACCAAACACCUGAGUAGGCUGCAGGCUUCUAGGCAGCCCUUUGCUAACGGAAUCCUUGGCUGAUGUUGGUAAGGGAACCACCAGAGACUGUUUAGGGAAUCACUUAAUAGCUCUCUUUUGUGGGACGAAUCUUCCUGAUCAUACAGUUACGAUGGUAAAAAGCCACAAAAUCAAAACAAGUUGAAAUGCACCUCAGAAGUCCCAUGGGAGCUUAGUAUAAAAAUUCUGUCUGCUGAAACCACCUUUGACAUUCCCAUAUUAGAACAUCCUGAUCUAGGAGGACACAGAGCUGGGAAGAGCAGUUUCUGAAGCUUAGCCUCAGCCAGCCAGACUUGCACUGUCAGGUUCAGGAUCCAGAGCAGCACAGAAGGCCUGGCACCAUUUUUGACCUGAAGCCCUAUGUGUUUUCAGGGGAGCAUUUCAGACUGAAACAGGCCCAAAACAAUGUUUAAAGAAACAUAUUCUGCUGAUGCUGUCUCUUAAACUUCAGAAUAUAAAUACAGUAGAGUUCUUAUUUGUUAAGAACAGACCUGGGCCAUAUGGAAUUAGUUUGGAUACCCAAGAUUUGGACAGACUUGAGAACUGAACAUUGUAAAACAUGUGGAGUAUAACAUUAUCCAUUUCUGAGAAGUAAACUUUUUUAGCUAAGAGGGAUUCGGAUCAAUGAGAUUCUAUGGUAAUGCUUUGUACGGUAAAUCCUUUUGUAUUGGCUAUUGUAACUGGAAUUCUUGAAGAACUCUCAUUUUUCUAUAACUGCUGAAUGAAUAAAUAUAUAACCUUUUAACUUAAUAAUAGGCUUGAGUUAUUCAGUAAUGUUGUAUUUGGGAGAUGGUAAUAACAUGUUUUUUUAAAGAAAGUAAUUUACUAUAUAUAUAGUGAAAAUAUGUAUUAAAUAAAUUGCAAGUGACCUGCUGA